GGGGAGGUCUCCUGCCCCUGACACUGUCCCCGAACUGCAGCUUUGACUCUGGAAGACAGGACACCCAGUCUGAGGGCGAACCGUGCUGGUGUUUGGAUCUUUUCUUUGAUUUAAUUCUCCUUCAUGGACCAGCAUCCUGAAUGCACAGAGGAAUCUCUGUCUAUCUUGAGCUCACUCUGAAAUCGUUUUGCAACUCGCUCCGCUGCGCGCAGAAAGAAGAGGGACCAGGAAUCCCCGCUCCUCUGGACUUGCAUUCUGUGCCGCUGGGACUAAUCAAAUCCUCACUGAAAAUCAUGAACACGUGGUCAGAAUUUGUUUAAAUUUGCGGUUAAAGAAUCGAUAGAACCCAAACAGAAUCGAGGUGAAGGUUGUGCAUUUGCCUUGUGUUUGUGCAGUUUUUUCCAGUUCAGGAUAAUAAAAAAUAAAAAAAACUCGGUAGGAUUCCUGACAGUAUUUCCGUCUGACAGCCAACCUGCUCAAUUGUUGGACUGACUUUCCCGAGAGGUUCCACUUUGAAGAACAACGUGUUUAUGGAUCACUGCGCAGAGAAAAACUCCGGGAGUUGUAGGCUCUGCAGUUCUACAUCGACCAUGUUGAUUCCGCGCUGUUGCUUUGCCCUAUAAUAGAUGUUUACAUAAAAUAUUAAGUCAUAUUUUAAAAUUUACUUGGUUUAGCUCAGUCCAGCUCACACUGACCUCUAAGGAAAGUGGGAAGCGCCUUUUCACCCUUCCUCCUUAUUCCUCUAAGACGUCAGGACGGAUCUCUGUCGCGCACUCCGACUUUUUUGUGAUUUAAAGGCAAAGUGUUUGGAGAUAGCAUGGCAAUGGUAGUAAACCAGUGGCCAGAGAACAUUUCUGCAGAUCCGGGCUCCCAGCUCCAGAUGUGCGGCCAGGAGCCCGGCGGGGGCCCGGGGACCCCCAACGGUUCCACCCCAGGGAACGACGCGCUUUCCGGUGACAAACUUCCCAACGUGGACUGCAUGGUGUGCGGGGACAAGUCCAGCGGGAAGCAUUACGGCCAGUUCACCUGCGAGGGCUGCAAGAGCUUCUUUAAGCGCUCGGUGAGGCGAAACCUGACCUACACCUGCCGGGGGAACCGAGACUGUCCCAUCGACCAGCACCACCGGAACCAGUGCCAGUACUGCCGGCUGAAGAAGUGUCUCAAAGUCGGCAUGAGGAGAGAGGCUGUACAGAGAGGACGGACAUCAAACUCCCAGAGCAGCCCUGGACAGUACCUAACCAAUGGCACCGACCCGUACAACAGCCAGCCUUACCUGUCGGGCUUCAUCUCCCUGCUGCUGCGCGCCGAGCCCUACCCCACAUCCCGUUAUGGGGCCCAAUGCAUGCAGGGAAACAACUUGAUGGGCAUUGAGAACAUCUGUGAGCUGGCGGCUCGGCUGCUGUUCAGUGCUGUGGAGUGGGCCAAGAACAUCCCCUUCUUCCCUGACCUGCAGCUCAUGGAUCAGGUAGCGCUGUUGCGCAUGUCAUGGAGUGAGCUCUUUGUCCUGAACGCUGCCCAGUGCUCCAUGCCGCUCCAUGUGGCACCUCUGCUGGCAGCAGCCGGCCUGCACGCCUCGCCCAUGUCCGCUGAGCGCGUCGUGGCCUUCAUGGACCACAUCCGAGUCUUCCAGGAGCAGGUGGAGAAGCUGAAGGCCCUGCAGGUCGACACGGCCGAAUAUUCCUGCCUCAAAUCCAUUGUGCUCUUCACGUCAGAUGCCAUGGGGUUGUCAGAUGUGGCCCAUGUCGAGAGCAUCCAGGAGAAGUCCCAGUGCGCCCUGGAGGAAUAUGUGAGGAACCAGUAUCCCAGCCAGCCGAACAGAUUCGGACGCCUCCUCCUCCGCCUGCCUUCGCUGCGUAUCGUCUCCUCGCCGGUCAUUGAGCAGCUGUUUUUCGUACGCCUGGUUGGCAAGACGCCCAUCGAGACAUUGCUUCGUGACAUGCUGCUCUCGGGCUCCAGCUACAACUGGCCGUACAUGCCCGCCGUGCAGCGGGACCGGCCCCUCUCGCUUCACUACAACGAGAAUGGACCCUAAGGCUGUGCAACAAGAGUAAAGCUCCAAGAGGAACAUCUUUCUCUUCUUCCCUUCAUUGUCUGCAGUCCACUUUUCAGCUUUCCCUGGGGAAGCAUCUUCCUCACCAUUCCACCCUUGAGCCUCUUGAAAUGUUACCAUCCCAGCUACACAAGCCAGACAGUUUUUCUUCAGUGCCCAUACAGAGACUCGAUGGCCUCUCAAAGUCCCCGAACUGAUAGUGUGCAGUCUUCUUUUGAGAUGUGGCAUAAGCUGGACAAGUUGCUGCAUGGUUCACCAGCAGGUCUGUUGGACUCACUUCAGAUGUCACUCUCUUAACUGUGCAAACACUUAUCUAAUUCUUGGUGCUAUGCCAGCACUUACAGAGCAUAGCUGAAUCUGAGCAGGGACUUUGCCAUUUGAACUCUGCAGCCAAGAUCAUGAGGCCAGAGUAUAUAUUUACAAAAGUUUGAAAAGCAAACCAGAAGCCAUUAAAAGAAGACACAUGCCAAAAUGUCUUGAACUUUUGCAGAGGACAUGUUUUAUUGUGUGUUGUUUUAGCACUGUUUAUAUGGAGAGAUAACUCAUGAUUGUGUCCAUAUGUAUAGUAUAUCAUUGAUUCUUUGGCAUCUAAGGCAUCUUUGGGUUCACUGAAUUAAAAAGCUCAGGUUUUUGUGGGGUAAAGGGGGUGGGUGGGGGGGCAGACUAACAGACAUGUCAGUAUUGGGUGUUGGUUAAGCUGCUCCUUUGUCACUUUGAUAAUUUGCAGUUUUGGUCACCCAGAUUUUCAUGGAGAAGAAAGGAAACCAUCUGCCAUAGGCCUCUUCAUACAUGCCUUUAGGUCUUUUUGUGCACGCUUUGACAGUCACUGAUUCAAAGUAAUCUUUUAUAUAUUUUACCCAUAGUCUUUAUGAUAUUUAUUGGCGUUAUGUGACGCCUAUAAAUAUUUUCCAUUAAAAGGUGUUUUUUUUUUGUUUGGUUAGUUUAUAGUUUAUUUGGUUUGGUUGGACGUCAUAUCCUUUCAUAUGUUUUUCACAAAGGAAAUUUUCAAAAAAUGAUUAAAUUCUCAAAACAUUUAGGGGUAUUAUGAGAUCUUGUAACAAGAGAUCUCAUAAUAUUAAAACAGGACUAUAAUGUUUUUCAUAUUUCCAUCAUGACAUCCAAUCAACUUGCAGUCAGGAUGAGCUUAUUUGGUCAAAUAAGCUUUGAAGAAGCUCUGACCACUUAUUAGUUAUAUGUGUGAUAGGAUUCCUGGUACCUGGUUAAAAACUAUAAAUGGAGACAGAUGAAACACGACUGAUCUGUAAGUGCUGUAAUGAAAUAUUGAGAAACUAUUGUUGACAUUGGAUUCCGCAGCUUGCAGUAUAUUCACUUUUUCUUAAGUACUAAAGACUGCAUUUAAACAUCUCUAGAUCAAAAUCUCAAAUACUUAGACUGGUCAAACGUGACCCGGAUGAUUCUAUAUAUGUAUAGUAUAGUUUGAGGUUUGUAAAGCCUUUAUUCGGUUUGUGUUGGCAAAACAGAACAGGAUUAAAUAGUUUUUUGGCUUCAAACCAACUUAGUCACUGAAUUAUUUGACACUAAACUUUGACUAUAUUCUUAACACUCAAAAAAGAGCAAUUUCACUGCUAUUUAUGCUUGACCACCUUCAGUAGGUUCCUGCUUGAAAACUGCAAUUACAUAGAGAUGAUAGCAUAUUCAGUUUGAUCUCCGCCUGUCCUAGACUGCCAUGGAUUUUUGGGACAUGACAAAAAAAUGAUACACCAUGAGGAUCGCAUUUCUGAGGCAGCCACAUGUAUUGCACAUAUGCACAACUGGUACAGACUUUACUAAUCUAAUUUUGCAGCAAUCAAUAGAUUCUCAAUCAAUGGAUGAAUUAUUUCAAAAACUUUAAUCUCAUUUUACUCUAUGCAGAUUCUGUCUGCACCGAUGAUUCUUUCAUCUGGCAUGGUGAAUGCUUGGAGGGACUCUAACUGAUUUCAGCUUGACCUAUUUUUUGAUUAAUUCACCUGAUAAAUAUUUUCACACAAACUUCAAAGAAAUAUAUUUUUGCUAAUUUAAACUCAUGUUUAAUAUACGUUGAUACAUAUAUAGUAAGAUAGAAAUGAGCACGACAGGAGCUUUAAAUUUACGUAUUCUAAUUCUAAACUACCACCAGCAACAGGAAGAUAUGCAAAAGUUGCAUGAGUAAGAAGUGGCCGUGGAUAAAAAAGAGAGGACUUGGCAGCAGGAAGUGGCAAAGGAGCAAACCAGAGCCCCCAACAAUAGCACAGGAACAAAAAUACAAACCCAACAAAUUUUACACUUAUGUGCAACCCAUGCCAAAGCUCACAUUUAUAUAGUUUUUAAUAUUUUCAUGGCAGUGUUGAAAAUAAAAAAUUACUUUUUAGUUUGUUUUUGAUUUGACUGCAUUUGUUUGGAGUCUCAGGUUAAGCAAAUUCAUUUGUAAAAUAAUAAAAUAAAGAACACAAAUGAAAGCUUUGGCACUUGCAUUGUGAUCUCGUCAGACCUGACACUUAUUCACACUUGUCAAAUGUCAGCACUGGUGGAAUAUUUCUACCCUUACCCCAUUUGAUGAAAAUACAUAUUUACUUAUUCGAAAGGCUCACUAGAAUUCCCUUAAUGAUGCUGUCAAAGAAGGCAGCCACACCACUGAUCAUCUUGUUGUGUUUUUUUGUAAUGAUUGUCAGUAUUGGACCUUUUAGACUUUAGGCAGGAAGGAAAUAUCUGGAUGGCAAUUUACAGAAUUAGCUGUACUUGCCUUAGAAUAAAGAUUUGUCACUGAGCUUUUAUCUUAUGACUGUGCCAUAAUCUCUCGUUACCUGUUAUAACAGGCAUUAUGUUCUGUCAGGAGUGGAAAGAAGCUCACAUGAUGCUGAAAUGGAACGUGCAUAUUCAAAAGACAUGUAAAUGUGGAUUAUCUUAAUGCAAUAAUUAGACAUUAAAAAAAAACAGCUCAGAAUAGGAAUUGUGUGCUUUAACAUCAACAGCACUUUUAGUUUUUAGACAUCAUGCAAGUUAUUUUUCCACUUCUGGGUGAUGUUGUUGUGUAGGGAAAAAACCCUAAACUCAUGUCAUUUGAGCUUAUCAUGUGGAGUAAUGUAUCACUAACCCCUGAAACCUCAGUCUGUGUUGCAACAAUAUUCCUGUUGGACUUAGGACUGUGUUUUAAUGUAGAAAUAUUUUACUUUUUUUUUUCCUUUGUCCUCUUGUUGGAAAAACUUUGUUUAUGUCACAUUUCCAGCACGGCACCGUAGUAUUGAAGUCAAGUAUCAGUAUUGAAAACCCAUCUGGGACCUGAGAAAGUUGUGUGUUGGUAAAUAAAUUCACACAAAGUUUCUAAGAGUUUGUUUUUAGCCCUUUUGCUUUUGUUUAUAAAUAUUGAUUAUCCAUUAAUUAAAAUAAAGUUUUGUUCACACUAA